AUGUCAGUUCGCUUCCGUUCGUCAUAGUGAAAACACGAGAGUGGAUUGUCAAAAGCAUCAAGGUGUCCCAACGACUCGAUUAACGUUAAGUAUCGAGUGGCGAGAUUCACCAACUCUUCAUAAAAAGAUAGUAAAGAAUAUUGCAUCAUCUAACUCAGGAUCCGCUGAAAUUAAAUUACUGCUGAUUCGCAGACCGGCCGAACAUCAUAACGACAUGAGCGAACGCUACGAAUUCCGGACGAAAUGCAUUGCAUUUGAUAACGCAGAUAGCAGUCACGCAGAAACGAGGCAGAAGGACAUCAACGGAAAUUUUAGAAACUACGACGUCGGGGUGGCAGGUCCAUCGCAACAAUGUGGUUGUCUCGUGGAUCAAGGAAUAAGGACAAUGCCCAUCGUGACUGCUCACGAUCAGGCGAUAGACCUCUCGUACAAAACUCAAGCCUCCACUUCUUUACUAGGGAAGGAGGGCGAUUUACUUGAGAAGACCGAUGACAAGUUUAAAAAUACGUUCCUUUACAAGAUCAUGGUAGACCCAACGUUCGUGGACAAGAUUCGCAGCAACAAGCAGAUCCGGAAAUUUACGUGCCCCUUCUGCAAGCAGAACUUCUCACUGGAGACCGAUUUGUCCCAACACAUGGAUGUUCGUAGGGACGAAUCCAAUCUGGUCUCUUGCUGCGCUUGUGGAAAGAACUUCUCUCAGAAAAGGUAUCUCCGGUACCAUCAGAGAUGCCACUCUGAGAGGAACAAAUUCACCUGCGAGAUUUGCACCAAGGAGUAUUCUAGACUGGACAAUCUGACGCGACACAACAAUUUCCACACGAAUCCGAACAAGUUCUCGUGCAACGCCUGCGAGCGCACCUUCGCUCGCAAGGAUCUCUUGAACAAGCAUCAGAAGAUCCACGAGAACAAACUUCGUUACUACUGUCAAAUUUGUCAAAAGUACUUUAAAGGUCCUAUAUCUUUGAUGAACCACAAUAAGCUGCUUCACUCAACAAUGUGAAUUUUACCCUAAUCCAAAAACAACUACACAUCAAAGUGGGUGUGUAAUAUUCCUGAAUAUUUUCACGUAUUUUUCUUUUUUUUUUUAAUUUCUUAGUAUAUAACAGAAACAAUAAGCAGAACUCAUAAAACAUUCAGCGACAUUACGGCUUACUUUUGGUUGUUUUAUGAUACAUUUUCAUAUAAGACCAUUUUCAGUUCCUUCGUAAAGCAUUAUGCUGCUACAUGAAACUUCAAACUAUAUUUAUGAAAUAUACUAUUUGAGCA